AUGAAGAUGAUGCUCUUGAUCAUCUUGCCCUUUGCACUGAUCGUGAAUGGUCAGAGUUAUUUGCUGGACCUGGGGCAAGGGAAAUGCGAGGAGAUCACUAUGUCCAUGUGCAACGGGAUCGGCUACAAUUAUACCCGACUCCCUAAUAUCUUCAAUCAUGAGACUCAAGUGGAAGCCGGACUGGAAGUUCAACAGUUCCUUCCACUUGUCACAAUCCAAUGUUCCCCGGACCUUCAAUUCUUUCUAUGUGCCAUGUACAUGCCAAUUUGCAUGGAAGACUAUCCUCAAUUCGUGCCGCCGUGCCGCUCGGUGUGUCUUCGAGCCAAAAUCGGCUGCGCUCCAAUCAUGGCCCAAUAUGGAUUCAGCUGGCCGGAACGAAUGAAUUGUGAUAAUCUGCCGGAUUUUGGCCAGCCGGAUAGGUUGUGCAUGGAUUACAAAAACGGGUCCUUGCCCGACACGUCGGCCACGGGCCGCCCAGCCGACGCCACACGAACUCUCCCUCCUCACUGCCAAGGCCAGAACUUCAUGACUCCCUUCUGUCAAGAUCAGCUACAGGCUAACGUCUAUGGAACCCAUCAGACAAAGGACACCCCCAAAGAGGAAUGUACGUGUUCAUGUGUGGAGCCGUACGUACCGCUGAAGGAAAUGCACCCCCUAUACAAUCAUGGGAUUCAAGUAGCUGGUGUUGACAACUGUGCCGUCCCGUGCAAUGGGUCUGCUUUCUUCUCGGCUGAAGAAUUGGCUUUCGCCAACCUAUGGAUCUCCAUCUGGUCCAUCCUGUGUUGCGUCAGCACGUUCAUCACGGUAACUACUUUCUGCAUCGACAUGCAGAGAUUCAAGUACCCGGAAAGGCCUACAAUCUUCCUAUCAGGCUGUUACUUCAUGGUGAGCGUCGGGUACCUCAUUCGUGUGACCGUGGGAUCAGAAGCCAUCUCCUGCUCCCAAGAAGCUAUUCGAUAUAAUGCCACCGGGAAUGUCCUCUGCACAGUCGUCUUCGUUCUCGUCUAUUUCUUCAGUAUGGCGUCUUCAGUUUGGUGGGUGAUCCUCGCCCUCACCUGGUUUUUGGCGGCUGGUCUCAAGUGGGGUAAUGAAGCCAUUGCUGGCUAUGCCCAUAUCUUCCAUUUGUGUGCUUGGCUCUUGCCCGCCGCGCAGACCAUUACAGUCUUGGCGAUGAGUGCCGUGGACGGGGACCCUAUAUCGGGACUCUGCACUGUCGGCAAUAUGAGCGUGGACAGACUCCGCAUCUUCGUGCUGGGGCCUCUCAGCGCCUAUUUACUACUCGGCACAUCCUUCCUCUUGGCUGGUUUCGUAUCACUCUUCCGCAUCCGGAGAGUGAUUCGCCAACAAGCCCGUCAAAAGGCGGACAAGCUCGAGAAACUCAUGAUCCGAAUUUGCAUCUUUAGCGUUCUGUACACCGUGCCCGCGUCCGUUGUCGUAGCGUGCAUCUUUUAUGAGCAAGCUCAUCGUGAAGAAUGGUUCAGAUCGGACUUGUGCUCGUGUCGUGUGGGAAGAGAAACCCCGAGCCAACCAGACUUCUCCCUAUUUAUGGUCAAAUACUUCAUGUCUCUGGCCGUGGGGAUCACGUCUGGUUUUUGGGUGUGGUCCUCAAAAACACUGGACUCGUGGCGUCGUUGCUAUGGGUCUCUCUGUGGUCGCCGAUCCCCCACGCAGGGUCAUAAUGUCUCAAACGGUCGAGCUCCGUUCAAGCAAAAUCCUCAGCUCCAGAGUGCCGUUUACAGUCAUGUUGCCACUGGAUCUCUUCAAAAGCACAGUCCAUUGACCCAUGUAUGA